AUGAAGGAUUUAGUCUUCAAAUUAGAUGCAGAACAUGAGGAAGAAGCAAAUGCUGCCUAUGAUCAAGUUCUGGAGUUGCUCGACACAGAUCCAACAGCAUCUCAAUACUUUAACAGACAAUGGCGUUACAACAUAUCAAGAUGGAUUGCUCGUGACAGGCGUGAAGGCGACGCAACUAAAAAUAUUGCCGAAGCUCAUUUUAGAACACUCAAACAUGACUAUUUUCCUGAUCGAAAAAAUCUCAGAAUUGAUGAUGUUAUUAUAGAAAUUUAUACAAAAGUGAUACCAUCUUUCGUUAUCAAACUCAAAAUUGAUCAAAAUCCAGCAGAUGACCGUGUCAUUAGGAUCAUGGAAAAAGCAACUAACGCAGAAAUUGAUGUAAAAAGACAAAGAAAAAUCGAGAGUAUUUCAAUGCUCAAUAGAUUGCUCAAUGCUGUUAGUGAUGACUCAAUAGAUCCCACUAAAAUAUAUCCUACCUUGAAAGUAUUAUUACAAAGAACUCAUUUUAUUUAA